AUGCUGUCUCCUCCCGUGGCUCUACCACAGCACCGACUCGGUCCCGAUGGACAGUGCGUUGUUCACUGGUAUGCCAAAGCCCUCACCGACUUCAGCUCGCCUGAGCCCAAUCUUUUGUGCUUCGAAGAGGACGACAUCAUCGGCGUCUCCACCGCUCUCUCGGAGACAGAGGCCACUGGGAAUUGGCUCUAUGGCGAAAAUCUGGGCGCCUGGGGUUGGUUUCCGAUGGACAGGGUGAGGGUCCUUGACGACAGCCCCGCUGCUGGCUCCGUCAAGGCCGAUGCGGUCCUCCACAUUCGCGAAGGCAGCGACAGCAGCUCUCAAGGCAAGGACGGACAGACCCGUGGAUGGUACCAGCGAUACAAAAAGAUUGCCCGAUACGAAAAGCGACAGCUGCCACCACUUCCGACGGCAUCCGCUGCGGGCGAUGAAAGUAUCAAGACGAAGGUGCCUCUCGAUGAGAGCCCAAGCCAGCACGAAGUUGACCUUCUUUCGACUUUGCCGGUAUCAAAGUCGCUGGCGAGCUCCUUGGUAUCAUCGCAGAUGUCGGGAGGUGUUCUACAGGACCUUGGAGAGUCUCCUCCCAGCUCCGUGAGUUUGCUGGAGAGCUGCCAGGACGAGCAAAUGUCACCGCCAGAGCCGCGGGUGAUCCAGAUCGACCCGUCUCGGCUUCCAAAGACCUACAGCAUCAAAAAGACGCCUGUGCCAACAAACGGAAAGACCGUCGCUGUGGUGGGGGCACCGGCAGAAGAACGCCAACGCUGGAUCGAUACCGUGGGCGGAGCAGAUGAGGUCGCCCGGAUGGGGCUCUCAAAGAGCGAAAUCAAGCGACAGGAAGUCAUUCACGAGGUCAUCUAUACAGAACGGGACUAUGUCGACGAUCUUCGAACCAUUAUUGAGAUUUAUAUCCAACCCAUCAAAGAGAGAAAGCUUCUGCGCCCAAAAGACAUCACUGUCGUCUUUUCGAAUCUCGAGGAUUUACAGCGACUCAACCAGGAGUUCUUGUCGUGGCUGGAGCAAAAACAAAAGGAAAGCACCAUCGUCAAUCAAGUUGGAGAUCUCUUCAUCCAGAUCAGCGAGGGGCUCAAGAUCUACACGUUGUAUUGCAGUAAUUAUCCUCAUGCUCUGGUCAAGCUCCAGGCGGCUCGAAACAGCCGCGCGGUGGCCAAGUUCCUUGAUCAAUGUCAGCAGCUGCCGCAGAGCCGCAACCUUACUCUGGCCAAUUUUCUCAUCAAACCGGUACAGCGCAUUUGCAAGUAUCCACUGCUACUGAAGGAAAUGCUGAAGAAUACGGACGCCAGCCAUGCUGAUCACGACAACCUCGUCCGAGCCCUCCUGGAGAUCGAAACUGUCGUCACCAUCAUCAACGAAGGCACACGACAAGCCGAGGGCAUCAACAAAAUGCUGGAUAUACAGAGCCGACUGACAACGAAGCUGAAUCUCGUUGCCCCCUCAAGAGCACUGAUUCAGAGUGGAUCCUUGACCUUGCUCGUUGACGGGGCUCGCAAGAAGCGCGAGCUUUUUCUCUUCAACGAUAUGCUUUUGAUGGCCAAGCAGCUCUCUGAAGACCCAGGAUCGAAGCUCAAGGUCGUCACUACCGUUCCAUUCGAAAUGAUAUUGAUUAAUGCUGGUGAUCAUCUCGGGAGCGAGCACUUGAUCGAGAUCAUCCACGUCGGCCAGUCCAAGUUCAAGCUUGUCGCCGAUAGCGCAUACUCCAAAAACCAGUGGCUGAAGGCUUUCCAGGAGGCCACAGAUCUCUUUGUUCGCAACCGCAUUCCCGCGUCUGUGGUUGAGCCACGGACGGACUCGGCUCCAGCCCCGGACGACAAGUCUCAGGAAGAGAGUCUCUCAAAACCUGGCGAUGCAGAUGCUAAGGGAUGGUCCCAGGCCGGCGAAGAUGGUGUCCUCCCAGUUGUUACCGAUGGUCACCCGCAACAGAGCGAGCAGGGCACUACAGCCGAUAUAGCCCUGACUCUGGAAGUCAAUAGGACCCAGAACACAACACUCGAUCCAUCAUCGGUUGGUGCAGGACCGUCCAUCAAGUCAGCUGACGAGGAGGCUACUUUGGGCGGCAUUGUCGGAGAGACUCUUGGCGACGAGAAAACUUCCGAGUCCGGGUCGCUGGAGAGAUUGCAGCUCGUCGAAUCGCGGCGAAUCAAGCUCAUCAGCAAGAGCCUUGCCACCAACCCCUUCAUUGUCCAAGAUCAGCGGAACCCGUUGAAGGCGACGGCGUACGGGAAUGGUCCUCCGGGGGGACGCGGAGGAUCUGGAUACCGUGCAAACAAAGGCGGUUCUCCGGAAUCAUCGGCCUCAAAGCUCGCACCUUUGAGGAUCAGCCCGCAGUCGGCUACAGCAGGCUUCGAGAGACGAGGCGGCAGCCCAACAAGUCCUCAUCCGAGCCUGUGGUCUGGCGCCGGGGCGGCUCGCAAAAUGAACCGAAGCCGUAACCAGUCAGAGACUCCGUACAAUGUGCCCAAGGGUGCGGAGGAGUCUAAAGCGGAUCAGCCCAAGCGCGCAGCCACCGUUGCCAACCCAGUGCCUCUCAGCCAGGCGCUAUCCAUUGACAACAUAAUGAGCCCACUCGCAGGCUUGCCACUCUCGGAUGAAAAAAGGGACGAACACAUUACCUCUCCAUCAAAGGAGCGGGCAAGAUCCAAAUCCAUUCUUGGCUCUGCGCCUUCACUCAACACCAAUUCAAGUAUCAGCGAAGGCUUUGUUCCCCCCGAGCCCGAACGGUGUGCCACCCUCGGAAGCCAACUGGAGAUUGUCCCGGAGAUAUCGGAAAUCAAGGCCAAUAAUCCCGCCAACACCCUUACCCUGACAGCGCCAACAGCUAGUAUCAACCGGCCGAUCAAAUCAGUGUUCGUCUCCAACGUUGUCAAAUACAGCGGCGCUGGAUUGAAAGAUUAUGUGUACAUCAUCGAGGUGUUCCACGCCGGUGCUUCGGCUUCGCCCCAAUCUGGCCAAUCUGGACACAUUAUAUACCACACCUACGACGACUUUUUCAGCUUCCACAUGUGCCUAAUCGGCCACUUCCCCAUGGAAGCCGGGCUAUCACUGGAGGCACUUGGGCAAAAGCGGCUUGUCUCUCAUCUGAAUGACCACAGCAGCCAGCCUGAGAAGACGGCGGGCAUACACACGCAGGUCUCGCAAAGUCCCGGACGACGAAUCAUUCCAGACUUACCCGGCCAGGUUAUGUUUGUAAGCGAAGCCAUGGCCAAGAACCGGAUCGGGCUCCUGCAGGAGUAUAUCAAUGAUCUGCUCAAACUUCCAGCAAAGAUAGUCCGCUCGCCUGCCCUGAUGAACUUUUUCCGAACAAGUGGAAAGCGCGCUGCGAGCCUGCUCAGUGACAAACGAUCCGGUUGA